UUUCCACAGGCUAGGAGCUGUUUGAGACUCCACUGCAGUGCCGUCUGUCCUGGGAGUUGAGCAUGAGUGAGUCUGAUGCCUGGGAAGGAACCUCGGGACUUUCUGGUGAUGAGAUAGCUCAUUAAGCCUGCACAAGCAACAUUCUUAGACAUUACAGAAGAACAGUCACCCAGACAUGUAAACCUCUGUUUAAAAGUUUUUCCAGCAAGAGAGAAACAAAGAGGCUGGUGUCAAGAUGGAAAUGGAAGAAAGUAAUAGAGUUAAACUGCAGACAAAAAUAAGAUCAAAUGAGAAGCCACCAUACGUGACAGCUGUUGGUGCAGAAACAAAUCCUUUGAAAAAAUUUACCAUCCCUAAAAUAAGGAGGACUGCUGAUAAAGUUUCUUUAACACCCUGCUACACUAAUCAGAGGGAAUAUAGCAGCAUCAGCCAUACUCUGAGCCAGUCUCGUCUCAACACAGGAUGUGACCUGCAGUCUUCAUGGCAGUUUGGUGAGAUAAAACUGGUACACAAUGAAGAGCUGGAAAAAAAAUUUGCUGCAAAGAGGGCCAAGAUGCGUGAAGAAGGAAGGCAAGGCAGAGAACUUGAGGAACAUUUUUGUUUUUUGGUGCUGCCUUGGGAUGAGGUCUCAAAAAUUUACCAGAGUGGAAUACAUACCAGCGAGUCUGCAAUGAAGGAAUUAGGAAAUCCCCUCCUUGGAGUUUAUUUAUUCAGACAUGUUGAUGUUGCUUUGAAUUAUGCAAAUAGAUUGAUCAGUGCAGAAAACAUCCUCGUUUUCAAGGUUCUCUUCGGAAAGGUAAAAAAAAUUCAGCCUCCUAUGGGUAAAAAGAAAGUUGCCCUGGAUCCUACCCCGAACUUUGAUUGCCACAUGUCUAGAAUUGCUCCUACACUUAAAGAUCCAGUUGAUCUGCAGGCCAUUGGCUCAUCGGUUUACUUCUAUGAAUACAAUAUACACUCAAAACCAGUGGAUAAGCCUAGGCAGUGUCUUCCAUAUGCAGUAGUAACAGUAAGAUUUGUUGGCCAGAAGGUGGAAACUGACCCUCUUAUAACAUCUGUGAGGUUUCUGUCUAAAGGAUUUCCUAAGUAUUCUGAAAGACGAGGCUCAUGGAAAAACUGCACAGUAGCCAAAAGGAUUGGUAAAGGUGCUCAGGCUACAAUAAUCUAUGAGCAUUUCAGGCAACCUGUAAAUUUACUUGCUUCCAGACCCGAGGAAAGCUCUUCUUGCAGUGAAGUAAAUUCAGAGGAGAAUACUUCUGGCCCAAAAGUUUCUUCCUCCUGUGAAAAUACACAGAACAAGAAUGGUUCAGUAGCUGAAGCCCAUGAUACCCGAGUGGAACAUAACAUACAUGGAAGGUGGGAUUCAUCACCAGUGCAAGGAAAUGAGUCAAGUCUGCCACUUGUGGCUGCUGUAGAUACCAAUGGAAGCAUUAGUAGUGACCACAUGGUGAAUCUAAAAUGUAUUAUUCCAGAUGAUAAUUUUACCACAGUUUCUGCUGCCUACAGUAGUAGUGGCUCAAGUACUGUAAUUACGUCAAGACUCAUUAUGGAUCCAAGACUAAAGAGAAGAGAAGGAAACCCAGGAAAACAAAACACUAAGGCAGUUUUUCAUGGGAAUUCAACACCUGAGAAUGGGCUGGACUAUCUCAACUCAGAAAUGAAAAUAUCAGCCACUUUAAAUAUACCUUUGCCUGAAGAACCCCCUAAAGGAAUAGUGGAGCCUUUUGCAUUGCAGGAUGUUCACACACAUCCUGCUUCAAAAACCGUUAUUGAAGAAAAGCAUAUCACAGCAAAUGAGAACCAUAUUUGUGAUAGAAAAGACUUGAAAAUGCACCAGAUUACGAUGGGAGAACAACUGAGGAACUGUUCAUCUUUUCCAUUUGGGGACACCAAACCUGAGAUAGACUUGCAAGAGAGUUUGUCCAUGAAAGACAAAGCAGACCACUACUACAUAGAAAAAAGUUCCAAUCUUCAUAAGAACAAUAUAAAGCAUUUACCUGUUCAUGACAGCAAAAAGAACUUAAGUUUCACUAAAAAGUCAAGGCAUAACGAUCCUCCUCCUGAUCAAAAGUUCCAGUCUGUGUCAGUGGGAAAGUCAGUUUCAUCAGUACUACCUGCUAACUUUGCCUGCAACACACACACCGAAGCCAUGCCUCACAGCAUUGCAAAUUCAAGCAGCUCUCUGUAUUCCAGAUCUCAAAAGGGUUCCAAUCCCCAUAUGUCAUCAGUGGUAGGGAAUAUUUCCUUCUCUGCAGAUUGUCAAAACAAAAAUUCAAAGAAAGUACCUGCAGAAGACCUCAAAAAAAGAGAAGAACAAAGGUCACACUCAUCUCUGUCUCAUGCAUGGAGGCAGGGCAAAAUGUCAGUAGCACAGAACAAAAAUAAUGCAGAUAAAAAAUCUGAGAUUUCCCAUCAAGUGUGUAAUGGUCUUUACUCACUUAAGAAACAUGAUGAAGAGCAGGGUUCAGCACAACUGAACCAUUCUAAAAGGGAUAAAUAUGCCUCAGUGAAAGGAGGGCAGAAAUUUCAGGAAUCACAAUCGAUUAAUUUAACAGUACUUGAGGAUAAUCAAAGACAUGCUCCUGAACAGUCUUUGCAUGAUGAUAAAGGCAUGAACAUAGGCAUCCAACAUCCUGAAAGUAUUAAAUCUCAUGAAGGCAAGACAAAAUAUACUGGGAAAAUGCAUAACCAGUUCCAAGAAAAUAAUUAUACUUCUGAAAUAGGAAACAGUUCAACAGAUUCUUACUUAACAUGUGCUGAAAAUAGUUUGGUCUCAAACAGAGACUAUGAAGUUAAUAGUGAGGGUCUUGAUACACAGGAUCAUACUUUAGACAUUGGUGUCCAUGGAAGAAUGCAUCUUUUUAAACAUGCUAUGAGAAAACAACAUGCCAAAGUGGAAGAGGACAAGUGUGUCUGUCAUCACGUUGCUUGUGAAUCUAUUCCUAGUGAUCAGAUUGUUGGUGAAGAAAACUUUCACCAAAGUAAGCUUCAAGACACUUUGCUUUCUGAAAAAGCCAGUGUUGAUGAAGGCCCUGUAAAGGCCCAUAAAUUAAUAUAUUCAGCAAGUGAAAUUACAAACAAAAAUUGCAUAGGUAAAAGAGAAGAUCCUACAAAAGAAGUAAAAGGCAAUUCUUCCAUCAAAGAAACAAUGAAUGACCAGAUAUAUUUGUCUCAUGCUAUCUGCAGAAAAGACAAAGUAUUGAGAGAUUGCGUCAAUAAAGAAUGCUUAUGUUUCCUUGGAGAAAAUGAGCCCGUGUCAUUAGACAAACAUUUCUGCAGGGAUAGCCAAGAGAGUGAUGCUUCUGGAGCUGCAUUUUUAGAUGAAGAGCAGAGUUGGAUCUGUAAUCAGGAAAUGGGGACCGAUAUAAAUGUUCAUGAUUUCAACCAAAUGCACACAUGCCAACUUGAAAAAGAAUUUAGCAACGUCCCAGGAAUCUGGAUGGAACUUUGUGACACUCCUCAUAUUCUGGAUUUUAAAAGAUCGACUUCUGGUUUAAACUUAAUUUUUGAAGAAGGACGUGCAUUAACAGAACCAUAUUUGAUGGAAACAGAAAACAUUGCCACUUUUAUAAAGGAAAAGGGAAUUAUUCUGGAUAACAAAAGAGAAUCAGAAGAGCUGUCUGCUACAGCUGAGUUUUGCAGACCUGCAGCACUGCCAGAGGCUCAUACAUGGGAAGAGCAGAAUGCUGUUAUGCUAAUCACCACCAUUUCUGUACCUUCUGGAAAUGUGGAACACGAAGAAAGAGGAUGUUCCCAACCUGAGGAAACAUAUGUUUCUGAGAGAAACUCCUCUUGCCAUGAAAAUAGUGUGCAGGAAAUAUUUAAACAGAUGAUAGAGGAGAAAUGUGAGGAUAUUUUUUUCCAGGGCUUGGAAUUUGAAAGUGAGAUUGAAAUUCCUCUGGAGCAGCAUGAGGAGUCUCUCUCAGUACCACAAAAUCCACAUAGUCAUGAAGGUGGAUCUGAUGAGGAGGUUGAUUCACUGUAUCAGUACUUGAUAGAUCGUAUAGACUGGGAAAGUUUGUUUGGAAACAGUAGCCAGAAGAUACUAGAGAAAAGUGAAGAUCAUUGUUCAUUGGGGAAAAAAUCUUGCGCAAAGGAAGAUAAAACAGAAUCUUUAAGUACAACUGUGUGGCCUGACUUACAAAUUACAAUAACCAACAUACUUAAAUCAGGAGUCAGCCCCCCCAACGUUGGAAUUGGAAGAGAGAUGUGGAGAUGUGCAAUUGAAUCUCCAGGAUUAGAAGUCAAUAUGGAAUUGUCAGGGGAGCAAAGAAGUGAAGAAUAUAUGCAGAAUUUGGAUCUUACAAAUAAAAUGGAAACAUGCCUACCUAUCUGUGUUCAUGAGGCGGAUAGUCAUAUACCUGAAAAAGAAAGCAAAACUUUCACUGCACCUGUUACUCUUUCUGAUGUAUUGAAUAAAGGAAGUAGCUUUUACGGUACAAAACCAAAAGAUAACAGUAAUGAAUCUAAGAGUAAAAAAAGUGUGCAAUCAAAAGUUAAGAGAAAACAUCCACAUAAUAAAUCUCUAACAAAUAAAAUGAGGCCUCAGAAAGGUUCAACACGUUCACCUGUAUGCAGAAACUCAAAACUUUGUGGUAAAAAGAGAGAACACUAUUCAUCUGAAAUGUUUUCUUUAUUAUUUGAGGGACGAAUGAAGACACUUGCACAGUCUGAAAAACACAUAAAAAAUGUUCUAAAUACUCUUUGUAGUGAAGCAUCCUUAUGCAAAAGUAAGCGUCUAUCCAAAAAAAUAGACGAUGCUAUGUUUCACUUAAAGAAAGCUCAGAAGAGAGUUCUCAAAUCUCUAAAAAUUGUAACUAAAGUUGGAGAGAAAAGACAAAAGGGUCCCUUACCAAAAUGUUAUGAAAUAAUAUGUAACGACUUAUGGGAAAGCUGUGAUCUUGAAGGUCAUAGUUUCUUGACAACUGGGAAGUAUUCUUCUGCUCACUUUUCUCAGAAAAGAAAGUGUAACAUAAAGGGAAAUAAACGAACUGUAGCGUUUAAGGAAGCAAGUGACUCAGUUACAUGUAUGCCAAUAAAACAAAGGUUUAAAAAUAAAGGGGAUAAAAUGAGAGAAAUUGUUUCAGAGGAAGACAUGGACACAAGGUCCACUACAGGUUGUGCACCUGUUGUGUUGAAAGAUAUUAUAAGUCAGAUACAUCACUGCAAUUCUGACUUAACUGUGGCUUCUUCAGUAACUUGUAGUCAGUUUUCAGCUGCUACCUGCAAGGCAUAUUUGGCUUUUGAGGGCGACAAUGUGAGAGAUACGAGAAGAAUAACGGAACUUCAGACAGUCUCUGAAAACUCUGUAGGUUUAGACGCCAUUGGGCUAGAAGAUCUGGAACUAACUAAUAAGGAGCACAAGGUGUUCGUAAAUGUUUCAUCUAAAAUUCAUAUUCAAGGGACUGCUGGACGAUGUGGCAGUGUAACAAGACAAGACCAUAUCCCUGAAGCAAAUACAUUUACCAACAAAAAUAUCUUAAAACCUUUGAGCUUGCCUGUCGAGAGGAAUGAUUCUGUAGGAUUUUGUACAGACAAAAGAAAAGAUGGAGCUUGUAAGACUAAUGUAAACAUGAAUGCUGUCAUACAUACGUCACUAUUAAAAACAGCUGCAGAGAGCUGUUUAAAUGCAAACACCAACAAGCAAGAUGUUUCCACAUUCUCUGCUCCUUAUAAAAACCUGCACAGUAUUCUUUCUACUGAAAAAGAGACUAUAUUUUCUGCUGGCAGUGGUAUUUCCACAAAUCAGAGUGUUGGUAUUGGAAACUUUUCUUCCGGCUCAAUGAGGCAGAUGCCUGCAGCAGGAGGAAAACAUGAGACCAGUGUAUCUCAAGUUCCAUUAGACCAGGAAAUUAUUAGUGCCAAAGCUGCAUCUUUGAAAAUGAGCUCAAACAUUUCAUCUGAGAGAGUUUUAGAGACUGUUUCUUUUGAAACACCAACAGUACCUCUCAGCGGCCAGCUGCAAGAUAGAGGCUAUGACAGAAAAGAAACUUCAAAUUCAGAAAUGCGUUGUCUGAGUAAUGACAGUAAAGUAGCUGAAAAGGAGACACAUGUUACCGAGACUCUCAAAUUGGAACCACUGGCAAAAAAUUUAUGUAAGAGAGAAAAUAAUAUAGAGAUAGAGAACUAUUUAAAGAAUGUAUCUUCUGUGUCCUUAGUAUACAACGCUCUGGCCCCGUUUUCAAAUCAGUACAUUUCGCAGCAAGUUGGACAGAAUACAUUUCCAACGAUAAAGGAAAUGGGGCUAGUGGAAAGCAAAGUGAAAUCACCUGUAAAUCUGUAUCUGGUAAAAGAUGGACCUGGUAGAUCCUCUGCUAAGGUCGUUUUGGAACAAAAGAGUAUAACACACAGAGAAGGUCAUUCUAGCUGUAAUAAGGAAUACAGAUGCAUUCAGAGUUCUUCAAACAACAGCGGUGCUUUCACUGCACCUGGCUUAAGGAAGCCAGUUGAUAAGAAAUUUGUCAAAAGAAAUGAAGAUGGGAAAGAAAGCACUAACAAAGACUGCCAAAUUAACUCAGAGUUGAAAUCAGGAAUCAUAGCAAAACAAGGUAUUCAAAGCAUUACUGGGACUUACGAUGCCUCACCAAGCAAAACACAUCAGAAUCUUACAGCCCAUGUGACUAAACUGAAUGCAGAUAAUCUCUCCGGUGAUCAUCCUAACAAACGUAAGGGCAUCAAUAGUAAAAACAAGCAUAGCGCAGUGGGGAUGGAACUGAAAUCUCUUGCUUUCAUAACUGAAAUAUCAAAUAUUUUACAAAAAGCAGAUGAAACCUCAUCUCUGAAAAUAUUACAGGAACAGAUUAGAGUUUGUGAUAACCUUCUUCCUUCAUUUGUUAAAGCUUUUGAGGAAAAGCAAGGGUGUUCUUUUAAGCACAUCUUGGUUUCCCGAGAGUUACUGGUUGAAAGAAAGCUAUGGAAUAACUGUAAAUCCAAGUUAAAAUCAGAUGCUGUAGAUUCACUGGUGGAACUCCAAAUGAUAAUGGAAACAAUUCAGUUCAUUGAAAACAAAAAGUAUUUUCUAGAAAGGGAGCUGACUUUUCGAAGCUUGCUUUGGUAUGAUGAUUCACUGUACGGGGAACUGCUUGGCAGGCCGUCAGGAUAUCAACAACAAUCCAAUUUCUUUCCAGCUUUCCAAACAAGGCUGAAGUACAAUGUUUUUCAUGAGCUACAGAGCUACCAUAAACAGUUAUUAGAGCUCUUUGAAAAAACAAGGUGGGAAAACAAAUCUUACUAUGCAUUCUUGAAAUUCAGACGAGAGAUUGAUGAGUGUGAAGCUGUGAUACAACAUAAUUCUGAUUGCUUAGAUUUUUUCCUCUCUGUGCCUUUUACUUGUGGAGUUAACUUUGGAGAUACUUUAGAAGAUUUGGAAACUGUAAGGAAAAGUGCUGUGGAACUGAUAAAUACGUAUAGGAACCUUCCAUAUGCUCACACCUAUGCAGAAAAAGAGGACCAUCUGUGGGUUAUAAUGGAAAUUAUCUCUACAAAGAUAAGCUUUAUAAAGGCGUGUGAAUCAAUGAAUAUGAAAGCAUCACUCUUUGGCCUUGAACAUAUAUUUUUUGAUGCUGCUAAAAGUCUUGUUUGGAAAGACAGACGUCUGUUGUUAAAUAAAGCCUCUCCCAAUAAGAAAGAACAGCUUCUGUGCAAAAUAAACCAAGAUGCUCUCUCCAAGCUAUAUGAAGUUUAUGAAUAUGUGGCUGAAGAGUUUAGAACUGAAAAAUCUAACAAUAUUACUGAGAAGAAAAAUGAUACAGAAAAGUCAAAAUAUUGUGAAAACAAAGGCAAACAUGGAGAUGAAAACUCUGACUUCCUCACUGUUUUGCUUUCACAUCCUGAUAUUUCCUGUGUUGGAGAAAUAUUAGAUGAAGCUCAGUUUGCAGACCUCAAGAAGUUACAGCAGCUAAUGCUCAGAUGUACAGAACGUUUAGAAAGCUUAAAAAUGUAUUUUCAGAUUUUGCAGGAGGAGGAUGUCAGUAAAAUCUUGAUCACAGAGGAAAAUGUGUUAGACACAAUGAAAAAUGAUGGCAUUAAUGCUGUAAUUUUAAAGCCUGAAGCUGUUGAGCCUUACAUUGAAGUACUAAUGAUGUAUGAAACAGUUCACUUUCUUAAAAAUUCAAUAGCAAGAAAAACAGAUGAACAGAGAUUUCGAAGCUUGUUGUGGUUUGAUUUAUCGCUUCUUCCUGAAUUGGCACAUUGCCAAAAGAAAAUGUCUUCCUUUUCAUUUCUGAAAGAUAAUUCAAUGGACAAGCUUUGUAAAACUGUAGAGUCUGCCAUCUCUGAUCUGAAGAGUGAGCUGGACAUUAUUUGCAACUAUGCAGAAACCAUAAACUGCUCUUAUGCACUUCACCUUCUCACCAGAGAACUUUCAGAACUUUCAGAAACAAGAAAAUUAAUACAAAAUUCGAAGCCUUCUAUCUUCACGUAUGUUGAGUGUGUACCUUAUACCAUAUCUGUAAACUAUGGGAGUACUGUGACUGAAUUAGACUACAACUACAACCAGUUUUCUUUGUUGCUUGAAAAUUUAAUGUUGGCUGCUAGGAAAGAUUUAGGAAAAAUGGCUCAUAUUAUGAAAAUCAUGAAAACUAUUGAGCAUAUGAAGUUUGCUUGUGCCAAAAAAGGUAAAUCAGUCCUCUCUCUUCUGAUAUAUCAGAUGCUAAAUAAUUGGAGAAAGACCUGCCAGUUGAAAAGAAAGGGAGACAUGAAAAUGCAUCUGACUGAAACUAAAAAAAGUGUCUGUGAAACUCAAGCUCCAGAGUAUGUCAUCAAAGCUAGCUCUCAGUCCCAGAAAAAAAGACCUAGUUUUGUGUCCUCACAUGAAGACACUCCUGAGUGUACAGAAAGCUCUCCUCCUUCCAGCUGCAAAAAACCAAAGGUUGGUGUUCUGAUGGCAGCAGCCUCAAAAAAUGGAGAUGAAAAUGAAACAUGCUGCCACAUAAGAGAGAAUGCAAGAGUUACUCCUCAAAAUGAAAAAGAUCUAGCGUCGAGUAUCUCACCGGAUAAUCUAGGAAACAAGAGGCCUCUAGAAAAAGCUGUGCAAGACCAAUUACCGCGCUCACCUUUGCAUUCAAAAGAUUUGGAAGCUGUUUAUUGCUCUCCACAUGUUAAAUGUACACCAGAUGCUUCAAAAAGCUCAUUUGUUAAUUUAAAAGGCUUAACCAGCCAGCAGAGAUCAGCAAACCUAAAGCUCAUGAUCAGAAGAAACAGUAAUUUUUACAAAAGUGCAAGAAAACAUCGUGAAGGUUUUGCCCCCUGUGACAAGAAACGUGAAAAUGCCCAUUUGUCUUUAGAAAAAGAGCCACUACUUCAAAAGUCUCUUGAGAAUAAUUUAUGUUCAACACACAAAUCUGUUAGGUCAACAACAAAACAAGGUGAUAGUUCUUCUGCUGUGUCUGCUGCACUGAAUCUACAGCGUGUGCAAGAAUCAGACGCCACAGGAAAUAUAUCAAGAUCCAGUUUAGUGGCUGAAUAUAGUAAAACUAAUAAUUUAGCCACAAAACCUGACAGAAAAGACAAGAACCAUGAAAAGAACUCAGUGUCUCCCUGCAGUGUGCCUGUCAGUACUUCAGAUCUUUCUGUGACUUUGACAAAUAAAAAUACACAGUCACCCUCUGCGUGCUCUCUUUUGGAACCAGAUUCCGAUGAAAAAGCAAAAAGCCCUGCUGAACAUUCUGCUGUCUUUCGAAAUGAACUUCCACCAUCAACACCUCCAGUGCAACGUUCUUUAGUGCAGGCUCAUGAGACAGCCUAUCCUUUUUAUUCUUGUCCUCAAAGUGAGAGCAAUGGCAGUUCCAUAACCCAGACUUACCAAGGGAUAACUUACCAAGUACAACACUUUGCUCAUUCUGGCACAUCUGCAGUUGCAAGUAAUGUGUAUAAUGCACACGCUAAUAUGUUUUACUCCCAGUCAUUUAGUUAUGCUGCUCUUGGGGAGCUACAAAGGCCUAACUAUGCUCAGAUAUACCCAGUGCAUGGAUAUUUUCAUUCUCAGAUGCCCCUUCCUUACAACUCUCAGGUGCCUCCUUUACCACAAUAUGCUGCAAAUCAGCCUUGGUCACAAGGUCCUUUUCCAUAUCCUUCCAAUACAGGAUCAUCCUCAGGAGCUAUUUGGACCAGCAAACAGACGCGAGGGGAAGCUGUCUCAUCUCCAACUACUUUCCAAAUGGAUCCCGAGCUGCAUUCUGCUAUGCUAGCUGACAAAUACUCCUGCACUGCAAGCUCCCUGGCAGCAGGCACCUUUUCAUCCUGGAUGUUGAAACCAGUCCCAUGACAACAUUUUGGUUCAGCGUUGUUUGUUGUAAUUUUUCUUUGUUAAAGCUGUGUAGUAUUAGAUAUUUAAAAUGCUUGUAUAGAUUUACUGCUGAUAUACAAUACAGAGCAUUGUAUAAUGUUUUGAAGCGUAACCACUUACCUCACAAGGCAACAUAAUUUGCAUUUUCCAGAAUGGUUACAUCAAAAUCACUCCCUUUUUUUAGGACAUUAAGACAGUUGGAGUUUUCCUAGUGAUUUCUGCGGGUGCAGGAUUGAGUCGUUAGUGAAUAGCAAGACUUACCUAACCAGAUUUAAAAAAAAAAACACAGAGGAAGGGACAAAUGUAACCCCACCUCAGUGACCACCGAGGGCCCUCUGACUGUGGAGCCAGCAUGGUUCUGCAGUACAAAAGGCAGUUUAAACCACUGGAUAAAGUAAUAGCUGUGAAUUGGUUCUAUGGCUUUGGCCUGGAGCAGGAUUCUUUUUCCUCUGCCUACUGGACAGGCUCUUUAGCCUCACUGGGUGUUGUGUCUCUGGAUUAUUCGACCCUAAUGCAUUAAGUUUUUAGUUAACUUUUAGUACUGUGAUAUGAUGGUGUUUAUUUGACAUCUACUAAAAAAAUGAAAACUUUUUAGGUGUCAUUAUAGGAUUUUUAGCUUUUAAAUACAUUUUUUGAACAAAAGCUCUGCCUCGGGCUGUCAAGAUCUAUAGUCAGUUCUGAAUACUUGGGUGAAAUUCACCCCAGUGCAGUGGACUAGAAUAGAGAAAUGUGAUUCUUGAAUGUUACGGUUAGUAUUUUCUAUAAUGGUAGUUGAGACUUUACUGUAUCUGAUAUGCAAAUAACUAACAAAUUGUUUCAAUCCACACAGUUUUUACACUACCAUACUAUAUAUAUGUAUAUUAUUUAUGGCAGUGGUUGGAAUACUUUUGGUAUUUUUUUCUAACAGAGAAGACUUAUUUUUCUAAUUUUUGUACAUUUUUCUUAGAAAUAUUUCUAAGUAUAUAGGUCUUAUUGAAGAUUUUAAUUUUAAAUGUUAACAGCAUUUGUACAGUGCAAGUAUUUGAGUAAACUUAAUAUUUUAUUUGUAUGCGUUAAACAGGUUUUUUUAAAAAUGUAGCAAAUAAUACAGAAAUAAUGAGACUGACAGCCUAGUUACAGUUAGGUGUCUAUAAGGUGGUAAUUUAGAACAUAGCACAAACUACAAAAUUGGCAACUCGGUAAGGCAUUAGCUAUUAAUUUACGUUAAAAACACAAAAUUUACAGAACAAUUAAAAUACUUGUGUUGAACUUCUAAAUAUGCAGAAUAGUCUAGGGUUUAUGAUAGUCUCUCUUUGGUGAAGAAUUACCAGUAUUUUCUAAAUGUUAUUUGUGUACUGUGGUGUUUUCAUGAGAACAAGAUAUAAUUAGAGGUGAAUUACAUGAAUCAGAAUCACAAAGAGAUCUGGGUCCCACUGAAAUCCAGGUCCCACUGAAAUCACAGAACCUUUGCCAUUGAUCUCAAUGGGGCCAGGGUUUCACCCUCUAUCGCAAUCUGAGAUACACGGAAUAGGAACGCAUCUAUCUUGUAAAAAUCAGUUCCUGUGGUUUACACACAAUUGGAUAGCAGAUGAUCUCACUAGCUCUAUGGUAACAGAAAUCCACAUAUUUAAGAGCAGAGUUAAGCCCUAAAUUGGUAAUUUCUACAUCUGAUAUGCACAUGUAACAUCUGAAAUACAUCUUUUAACAUAAUUGGGAAGUGUAAAUCUUCAUCAACAGGAAAACAGACUUCUACAAGUGUUAAAUGUCUCAUGAUUUUGUGCAACAUACACAGCUGAUUAGAAUUUAAAACUGUCAAUUGCUAGCAAUAGUGUGGAAAUGUAAGAAUGUUUAUUUACUACAGGUGUAUUAUCAAGGGGGUAUUUCAGGACUGGUAGAAUAAAUAUUGGCUGAAGUUAAACUUAGGUGAAAACUGUUGUUCCCAGCAAUUACUUCUUCCCCUUUCUAGUACAUCUCUGCUUCUUUGGAUGAAUAGUAAUUUCACUCCUCUCAUAUCUCUAAAUUACAGUGGAAUCCUGUUUCAUGUUACAGUGGAGCAGGGAAUAUUUUAAGACUUUUAUACGCCCCCAACCACCUUGAAUUUUCUCUUUAUUUGGUCUUAAAUGAUAGCAGGUACAUACAACACUAGGCAUAUUGGGCCAAAUUCAUCUCUGGUGUAUUUCCACUGAAGCCAGAGUUACACCAAGGUUGAAUUUGACUUACAGCUUUUUACAAUGGGUUACUAUGAGUAUCUGCUGGUGUAAUAAUGCAGAAUUUAGUCAGUUUGUCAUUUCUGAAUAAUAAAAACACUUAUUACAUUGCUGUGUAGUA